CACCUGCCCCGAAACUCUGUCACUCGAAUGACCGGCGCACCGGACGUAAAAUCUCCGAACCGGAUAUUUAUCACCGGGAUGGGUUUCGUCGGACAAGCGUUGGCGAUUGACCUCAAGAAACAGGGAUGGGAUGUCUCUGGUACUUGUACAAGCAUUAACAAGAAGAAGAGACUCGCGGAAGAAAUGGGCUUUGAUAUGUACCUCUUUGAUGCAAAUGAACCAGAUUUGGCCACCAUUGAUGUUAUGAAGUUCCAUACUCACAUGGUUGUUUCAAUUCCUCCGGUUACUGGUUUUGGUGAUCCGAUGCUGCAACAUGAACAACUUUUGAGGAAAGCACUUUUGGGUGGAAAUCUUCAGUGGCUUUGCUAUUUGUCAUCAACUAGUGUGUAUGGAGAUUGUGGAGGUGCAUGGGUGGAUGAGGAUUAUCCCCCUAACCCCACAAGGGAGGUGGGAAAAUUAAGGUUAGCUGCUGAGAAAGGAUGGUUACAGUUGGGGCAGAGUCUGGGCCUCUCGACAAAAGUAUUUCGGCUUGGAGGUAUCUAUGGUCCUGGUAGAAGUGCUGUUGACACCAUAAUCAAGCAGGAAGCCUUAUCAAAAAGUCAGAGAAUGAGGGGAUAUAGGCAGUUCACAUCAAGGAUUCAUGUUGAGGAUAUUUGUCAAGCCAUUGAGGCCAGUAUUCGAAUGUCUUCCUCCAGGGAAAUUUAUAAUAUUGUUGAUGAUGACCCUUCCCCAAGAGAAGCAGUGUUCGAGUAUGCAAGAGACUUGGUUGAUAGAAAAUGGCCAGGUUGGAUCAAACAGUCUUCUGAAAAAAGAGAAUCUACAGAGACUGAUAAACAAGAUGGUUUGUUGGGUGAGAAGAGAGUCUGCAAUGCUCAUAUGAAGAAGGAGCUAGGAGUCAGGCUUCUUCAUCCUAGUUAUAGAUCAGGAUUACAAAAUAUUAUUGACCAAAUGGAUAAACCAUUUUCAACAUUGUGAAUGUUGAUGAUGGUGGAUAUGAAACGUAUCUUUG